AUGCAAUUUUCCCGCCCUUUUAAAUAUGUCAUACGCGUACUCUCUCCUACCGACAAAUACUUCUCUGCAACAAUUAACAGCCCGACCUCUGGAACUACGAAAACGACCUUCAUUUCAUUUGGAGGAACCGAUGAUGAAGUCUGCGUCUUUUCAGAAUUCGGACUAAAGUUGACUAUAUUCAAUCUCAGUACUUCGAAAUCGGUGGACAUCAGCUCACCGAAGCUAUUCACUCCCGGUACCGCGGCAAAAGGAUUCUCACAUCGUCCGCGAUCUGGAAAUCUAGCUCUUUUGACCAGAUCUGGUGGUAAAGAUGUAAUUAGUAUACACAAACCAGGAAGCCUGGAAGUUACAAGAUCAUGGUCACCAGAAACAAUUGACGCUCAAGGAAUAAUGUGGAGCCCAGAUGGAAAAUGGAUAAUGAUAUGGGAAGCUGCCAGCCAAGGUCACAAAUUACUGGUCUAUACUGCUGAUGGCCAUUUGUAUAAAGCCUGGAGUGGUCCCACGCCGACCUGUGAGGAGGAUAAGGAUAUCGCUUUAGGUGCCGGAAUAAAAUCCAUCGAAUGGAGUCAGACGGGGACACAUGUUGCUAUUUCAGAUUAUAGUCGAAGAAUAGUGUUGUUCGCUGCCCCGGCUUUCUCAGAAUCUAUGAUUUUGUCACACGUACUUUCUGUAAACCCUACAGAUACUCUACACAUCUGGAUUGAGCGCAUAUUGCCAACUCCCCAUGGUGGUUUCACUCGAGAAUUCGUUCGAGCGAAACAACCUACAUCACCCCCAACAGCAAGUGCUAUUCCAACCGCAGAUUCAAAGACCGGCACUAGCAUGAUGGCAUUCGACAUAUCUGGCACACUAUUAGCAACCAAGAUUGAGGAAAUGCCAUCCGCAGUUUGGGUCUGGGAUGUAAGGUCUCGGUCACUCAGAGCACUACUGAUAAUGCACGCCCCUAUAGCUCGGGUAAUCUUUCAUCCUAGUAUCAACGAGCUUCUUUUGAUUAGAUGCGAGGGUGAAGAAAACAAAGGCCGCGUGCAACUAUUCGAUCCAUCUUGGAUUACUCCAAGAAUUAUUAGUUUUGGGGCGCAGCUGCCAGAGGGUAAGAUCAUUGGAAAAUCGAUCAUCAGAUGGCUCAAUGUUGUCUCUGCAUUACCAUGUAUUUUUUUCAGCGACUCGCAAGACUGCAUUCUCAUGUCAUUAUCACAAGCAAAUGAUGCGGAAAUGGUCCCUUGGCAUGCUUCUGAAGCAAGAGAAGUCGAUAUAUACGGCCAAACAAAGGAGUCACCUUUGAACCUCGGUGGAGUUGAGGGCAACAGACCCUUUGGACGCUCAAACACUGACAGUAUCGCCGACAAGGAUAACUCAUAUUUAGAAAUGAGCGAAGGUAGCGAGGAGCUUGACGAUACCUUCCAUUUUCGCAAGGCCGAACAUCCGUGA